GUACCUCCGCUGCGCGUCUACUCUCCAACACUGCAGCUGCUGCUCGCGGGGAAGCGCUUCUCCUCCUCCUCUUCCUCCUCUUCCUCGCGCCUCUCUUUGGAACACACGCGCAGAGACAAAAGUCGCAGAAGAAGUCUCCUGCUGGUAACAACGAUGUGCGUGGAAACUAAUAGAGGGAUUCUUUUGUAUUAGACGCAGCUGAAAACUGCAGUUUGAACUCAGAAGAACCGGAUCUCCUCGCGCUCCUCGUUCCUCCUUCACAUCUCACUUUUUCUUUCCUAAAAGAAGAGUCCUGAGUGCGGAUCCAUUCCGCCUCACAGACCCGUUAAACGUGCCUCGCGUCCUUCCCUUUCCUCCCGUGUCUCCGUCCAGCUGCGGUGCGUCUCGGCUGUGCGUAAACCCCCCCCCCCCCUUCUCAUCCCCGAGACUAACCCUCUCCGAACCCGGGCUGUCAUACGGACCACCGGCACCCAACAGAACCUCCUGUCUCCUGCAUGACUUUCUCUAAAGCGACCUGCAAACCGCCAUGGAUGUGUUCAAGAGCCGCUUCUUGGGGAUCGGCGUGGCCGUGGCGCACGGCGUUUUCUCCGGCUCCCUCAACAUCCUGCUGAAGUUCCUCAUCAGUAAUUAUCACUUCAACUUCCUGACGCUGAUCCAGCUCCUGACCAGCAGCACCGCGGCGCUCACGCUGGAGGUCCUCCGGCGGCUGGGGAAGGUCAAGGUGCCGCCGUUCAGCCUGCAGCUCUCCAAGGAGUUUGGCCCGGUGUGCAUCCUCUCCACGCUGCAGUCCACCCUCACUCUGUGGUCUCUGCGCGGCCUCAGCCUGCCCAUGUACGUCGUGUUCAAGCGCUGCCUGCCGCUCUUCACGCUCAGCAUCGGCGUGUGUGUGCUGAGGAACGGCGUGCCGUCUGUCGGCGUGGUGAUCGCCGUGAUCAUCACCACCGGUGGAGCCGCACUGGCUGGUAAACGCAACACAUUCACACAUCUCUCUGUACAGGCCCGAGGAGAUUUUACUGUGAUUAUUCUGCAGCACAAAACAAUUGACUUUGCUGCAGCUUUCCCAAAAUGUUUGCAUAUUUUUGCUAUUUUACAAUAGCGAAUAUAUUUUUCACAGAUUUAGCUUUGCAUUGUUGGACUUAUUAUUGACUGUUUUGUAAGAAAAAAGCAACGAAAUUGAUGCAGCAGAACCAGAGAUUUGUCACAUAGUUCUUCCUUGUCAACACCUGGCACCUACAUUACCCACAAAGCAUCUUGACUUGGUUCAGAGAUUGGGUGUGUUUUGCUGCAGAGGGCUGAUGAGCUCACGUCUUUCUACCUCUGACUUCAGUUUUGAUGUGUAAAACUGUGGUAAAGAAUUAACAAGUGUUUGAUCUUACAAGAGAUUGAAUCUCUUUAUUCUUGUGGUUCAUGGAGGGAAUGUCUCUUCUACUGUCCUUCCCCUCUUCUUUGAACCUUUUUAUCCCUGUUCCCUUAAUUCAUUUAAACGAACUCUCCGAAUUAUUUUCUCCUUCUCUUUCUGAAACAAAAUUGACAAGAGUCCAUUCGUAUUUUAUGCCCUAACUAUCCAUCCAUAACGAGAAUCUAAGCUCAACUAUCAGAGCUUUCAUUUGUCACUGUCAUCAUUAUAUGGCUGAACUUCUUCGCUGUUGUUCCUCCUCACUCUGAUAACUUCUUUAAUUUCUCCUUUUUAAUGUCAUUCAGUCUUUUUCUCUAACUUUCACAAGAAAAGUUUAGUUUUCUUCUCUAAAUAUCGCAGUUAAACAUCUUUUCUUCAUAUGUAAAGCUGUUUAAUCGUUAAUAUUGAUUUCUGGUCCUGUAAAGAUCCUUUAAUCAUCUUUCCCAUCAGUACAUUUUCUUCUUCCAUUACCGUUAAUGAUCCUGAAGUCAUAAACAAAAAAACCCUACAGAUAAUUUAUUUCCUGAAUCAAUCUC